GGCCAGGUGGUCACUCUAUAUACCAUCUUUUUAAUGACAAGACCCCUAUGGCUUCCUAAUGGUGGGAAUGGCUGAAUGUCUCUGGCUGGGCUAUUGUCACAGUGUGUGAGAGAGUGAUGGGACUGUAGGAAUCUGUCAGAAUUCUCCUGACCUCUGGCUGUAAGGUCCCCCUCCAGCAGCUCUGCUCCCUUUUAUGCCCUCUUAACACCUAUUCUCUCCUCAAGUGAUACCCAGCCCCCUUUCUCAUGCACUCCUCUGGAGAACUGCUGUCUCUUAAAAAGCAAACAGGCUGUUGGCUUUGGAGGGGGAGCCCAUUGCAAGGAGGGGAUGUGUCUGCAGGAGCAACAGGGCAGGGGGAGGGGAGCAACACAGCAAAAGGAGAGCAAAAGCCUCAAGUGAGCAGACAGCUCUCAUCCCCUACACUGCCUCCUGCAGCUUUUCCAACUCUCUCCUAAGGGAUCCAUCCGGCCGGGGCACCCAGAGGUGAGAUGGGAAAUUCAUAUGCAGGGCAAUUGAAGACAAGGAGAUUUGAAGAAGUUCUGCACAAUUCCAUUGAGACUUCUCUGAGAUCCAAUACCCUGGUGCCCAGACCUGUGUUUUCCCAGUUGUAUUUGGAAGCUGAACCAAAGUUCUCAUCCCUGGAAGGUGGUCGAGCAGACAAUGAAGAUGAUGAUGAGGAUGAUGGAUCUGGAUCCAGCAGCCCAUCCCUUUCCUACCAGAGUAAACCACCCCCAGAAGGCUGUUGUACCACCAAUGGAUUUUGUCAGGCUGGGAGGAAUCUGAGACUCUCCUCACUAUCUGCUGACUACUUUGAUGUGCCGCCUGGAUUUUUAUUGGUUGGAGUCAAGUCUCCCAGUUUACCUGAUCACAUAUUAGUGUGUGCAGUGGACAAGAGCUUUUUGCCGGAUGAUAACGGAUGCAAUGCACUACUAGGGUUUUCUGGCAACUGUGUUGGCUGUGGAGAAAAAGGCUUCCGCUAUUUCACAGAGUUUUCCAAUCAUAUCAACCUGAAGCUCACCACUCCACAGAAAUACUUGAAAUAUUACCUCAUCAGGAAUACACAGGGGAACCUGACAAAGGGAGCACUGAUAUCUUGGAAAGGCUCUGAGGUGAGAAGUCGGAACCUUUCCGCUAACUUGUGCUCAAGUACUGUACCUGCUGCUAUUCAUGAUGGACCUGGAUCCAUGAACAAGUCAAGAGACCCAACCACUGCCCCCAAUCCGUAUAUGAACAGAGUCCAAAAUGUAGAUAAUUGCUACUUGCACUCACAAGUCAGCUCCUCAUACCAGAAUAUAAAUGUGUCCCCAACAAUCCACAAAGAGGAAUCCUUCAGCACCAGCGAGAGCCCCUGUUUUAGGAAAUUUGACAAAUUCUGGGCCCCCCAAAAAACGUCACAAAGGAUGGUCUCCAGAGUCACCAACGUCGACAGAGGCCAGCUUUGCACAGAGCAAUUUUAUUAACUCAAGUAACUGUGGAAAAGGUAGUUAGUCAUGAUUAGAGUACGGUUAUUAGCAUGGAGAGAAGUAGAAUAGGGUCAUUGGAAGACUGGAUACACUCUGGGGCCCAUUUACUUAGUUCGAGUGAAGGAAUAGAACUUUUUUGUUUCUUUUGGCUACUUUGACCAUCGAAUUGGCUACUUCGACCUUCGACUACGACUUUGAAUCGAACGAUUCGAACUAA